UAUCAAAAACGCUCAGACGAAAGGCGCGUAACACUGAACCUUCAUUAUCACAAAGUCACAUUGUUGAUGGAACAACGUCUAUGCAAACCAUUUAUGGUUCCAACCCAUUGAAUAAGGGCAGCAAUAUAAACAAGGAUUUAAACGGAAAUAAUUCAUUAAAUGUCUAUUCAGAACCGAAAGACUUUCUGCUUGUUUCGGACAAGUCUGAUAGCGAUGCUGUUAUGCGUAAAAGGAUCUCUGAUUUAACAGCAACAACGGAAAAUUUACGAAAGGAUUUAAAGCAGAUGAAUAGCAUCGUAAAUGAUCGUUUGCUUCCGGAAGUCAGGAGUUUGACCGAAGGUUUACAAAAACAUCACACGCAUUUGAUAGCAUUGACACAAUUGGUUACCUGCGCUCUUCCAGAUGGUGUUCAAUUGCUACAUGAUGUAACAAGAGGAUUCACAAGGCACAUGCCAUAUGAAAUACCGUCAAAGCGUAUGCGUUAUGAUGACAAGCCAACCGUCAAAACAGAACAGACAUCCGUUCCAACGGUUCCCUCCUCAAGGGUUCCGUCAGCUUAUAAUUUAUUCACAUCAAAUUCCGCUAAUCCUAAUAAUAAUUUAAUGAAUGGCAAUAAUUCUUCACCGACCCUUCAAACAUCAUCGGUCACCCCAUCAGCACUUACAAUACCGUCUGAUUCGCAAUCCACAUUUAAUAACACAUCUAUAAUGGGAGAAUUUCAACAAAGUCCUCAUAAUACACAACAGAAUCUUGCAGGCUUUAACGAAUCGUGGAAUAAUGCCACGUCCGUGAUGAUAACAGAUCCCGUCAACACCGUUCCAAGUUCUAAUAUUCCUUAUACCAUGUUCCCAACAACGACCACCUCACAGUCUCCAAUAUUGUACUCACCUUCCUCAAAUCAACAACAUUCACCACCACUUUCACACCACUCGCAAGUACCAUCUCGAUCCUCUUCGAUAGUAACAUUGAGUCCCGAAUAUGUUGAUAACUCAGCAAAUUCGAAUUCCAAUGACAUGCUCAACAAUGCGCCUACUGUAACAAGUCCAACCCACAUUAACGCGAGUGGUGCGAAUAGUCCGGUUAACCGAGGAGAUGUUGUUGUUGCACCUUCUCCGACCUCAA